UCAAAUAAAAAUGAGACACGUACACCAUACCCCACCCCCUCUUUCCAUCCUCACUGCACACAAACAUCCCCACAUCACCUCCACCUCCCGACACAGAUUCACCCCAUCACGGCACAAACAUCUCAACUUCAACAAUAUUCUCCAACAAACCCUUAUCAGAUCCAUAUCAAAACCCAUAAAAAUCCCAACUUUAUCCUUCCUUAACCUAAAUCCCAAUGACCCAUCUCCUCAUUCACCCUUAAAUCCCUCAAAAACCAUCAAAAAUCCCACAAAAAUGUCAUCUUUAUUCUUCAUUUCAUCACUAAUAAUCCUCUGGUACUCAUCAAACAUAGGUGUACUUCUUCUCAACAAGUUACUACUCUCUAAUUAUGGGUUUAAAUUCCCAAUUUUUCUUACAAUGUGCCACAUGUCAGCCUGUGCAAUACUCAGUUACAUAUCAAUUGUUUUUCUUAAAGUUGUGCCGUUGCAAAAGAUAAAAUCUUGGUCCCAGUUUUUAAGAAUUGGGACUCUGAGCAUUGUGUUUUGUGGGUCUGUUGUUGGUGGGAAUAUUUCUUUGAGAUAUUUACCGGUUUCUUUUAACCAAGCUGUGGGUGCAACGACGCCGUUUUUUACUGCUUUGUUUGCUUAUUUGAUGACGUUUAAGAGAGAAGCUUGGGUUACUUAUUGUGCUCUUGUUCCUGUUGUUACUGGUGUUAUGAUUGCUAGUGGGGGUGAGCCAAGUUUUCAUUUAUAUGGGUUCAUUAUGUGCAUAAGCGCGACCGCUGCUAGGGCUUUCAAGUCGGUUCUUCAAGGGAUCCUACUUUCUUCUGAGGGGGAAAAGUUGAACUCCAUGAAUCUGUUGCUAUAUAUGUCUCCGGUUGCUAUUGUUGUUUUAUUGCCCGCUGCACUUGUAAUGGAACCGGAUGUGAUUGAUGUUACCGUCUCUCUAGCAUUGAAACAUAGAUUCAUGUGGCUACUGCUUUUGGUUAACUCAACUAUGGCUUAUGCGGCCAACUUGACCAACUUCUUGGUGACUAAGAACACUAGUGCAUUAACACUCCAGGUACUUGGUAAUGCGAAAGGGGCUGUAGCCGUUGUCAUCUCGAUACUCCUUUUCAGAAACCCAGUUACGUUUAUAGGUAUAGCUGGUUACUCGAUGACGGUUAUGGGUGUGGUUGCUUAUGGAGAAGCCAAGAGGAGAUACCAAUGAUAUUUAGUCACAUUUUCUAUGGACCAAAUAUUUUAACAGCGAUUGGUUGGGUUAUUUACAGCGAGUAAAAUGCAGGAAGGUGAGCAUAUUCUUGUAUCAGAUUUUGAUGCACCACGAGUCCUUGGUUUUGCAAGCAUAUAAAAAGAGUUUUUACACGCAGCGUCCACUCUCUCAGACGUAAGAUUUGAUUUUUUUUUCGAUAGGAAUUUUUUGUUCGAUUUGUGGUAUGUAAUUGUUAGCCGGAGAUUGGACCGUUUCAGAAACAUGAACCUAAACACAAUACUAGUUAGUACGAACAUAGUCCAUUUAACCUGAA